UUAUCGCUAAAGAAAUUCUGUUGUUACCUUGAACAUUUUGUUAAGUUUGCUUGCACCUCGUUACGCUAGACAUCCAGCAGCUAUGGAUGACGGAAUCGAUUUCGAUACGCUACUACUGGAUAACUUCGAGCUUGUCUUGAAUUUGGCCACAGGUGAGACAGGAGUUUCUGAAUGCGAUCGUGUAGCAAAUGUUCCCUGGCAGAACUGUGGCUGAUUCGUCGGCGGGGACUUUUAGAAGACCUUGAGAAAGUGAUCGAGAAGGGAAAGCAUGCUAUAGCGGAGACGCAAGAGGAGGACGAAGCAUACGCAAGAAGGGUCAACAACGUCGGAGUCGUGCUUAGGCUGAAGUAUGAACGCACAGGGAUGAUAAAGGACCUGGAGGAGGCAAUUCAAUUCACAAGGCAGGCGGUCAGCGUCACACCUGAAGACCAUCCAGAUCUCACAAGGAGUCUCCACAGUCUAGGCAACCGACUCGGGAACUUGUACGACCGUACAGGGGAAAUAGCCCAUCUUGAAGAAGCAAUUCGAGUAGCGAGGCGGUCAAUUUCUGUUACGCCGAAAGGUAAUCCAGCUCGCGCAGCCAGGCUGGAUAGCCUAGGAAAUAAACUUGAACGCCGAUACGAACGCGUAGGGAACAUUGAUGACCUCGAAGAGGCAAUUCGGGUAGCGUGGCAGGCGGUUGGCGUUACCACCAAAGAUCAUCCAGACCUUGCGUCCGUACUAGGCAACCUAGGGACUAAACUUAGCCGUCGAUAUGAACGCACAUCAAAGAUGGAGGACCUCGAAGAAAUAAUUCAACUAGCACGUCGUACAGUCGACGCUACUCCAUACAACGAUUCAGAUCUUGUAGUGUGGCUGAGCAACCUAGGAAAUGAACUUCAACGCCGAUAUAAACGCGCAGGAAACACAGAGGACCUUGAAGAGGCUAUUCAAGUAGCACAGCAGGCGGUCAAUGUCGCCCCUAAAAGCCAUCCACAUCUAGCAGUUGCACUGGGUAACACGGCCUACAAACUCGAACUUCGAUAUGAAUGCACGGGGAAUAUGGAGGACCUUGAAGAGGCAAUUCGAGUAGCACGGCAGGCAGUCAAUAUCACGCCUAACAACCAUCCAAAACUUGCAAAUAUGCUAAACAUACUGGGACACGUGCUCAAAAGCCGAUAUGAGUGUAGGGGGGGGAUGAAGGAUCUCGAAGAGGCAAUUCAACUAGCGCAGCAGGCGCUUGACCUUACGCCUAACGACCACAUCGAUUUUGCGGCGAGGCUAGGUCACCUAGAAAACAUGAUGAACAGUCGAUAUGAGCGUACGGGGAACAUUGAUGACCUCGAAGAGGCGAUUCAAGUGGCGCGGCAGGCAGCAGUUGAAGCGACGCCUAAUGGCCAUCCAAAAAUCGCAAAUAUAUUGAACACUUUGGAAGAUAUGCUCAGUAGUCGAUAUGUGCGGACAGGAAGGAUAGAUGACCUUGACGAGGCGAUUCAACUGUCACGGCAGGCGGUUAACAUCACGUCUGCCGACCAUGCUGAUCGCUCAAAGUGGCUAAACAACCUGGGAAACAAUCUCGAAAGCCGAUAUGAGCACACAAAAAGAAUGGAGGACCUAUUCGAGGCAAUUCAACUGGCGCGUCAAGCGGUUGACAUCACGCCUGACGACUAUCCAUAUCUGGCAGGCAUGUUAGUCAACCUAGGAAGCAAACUCAGCAGUCAAUAUACGCGCACAGGUAAUAUGGAGGACCUUAAAGAGGCAAUUCAACUAGGGCGUCAGGCAGUCAACAUGACGCCUAAAACACAUGUGAAUUACGCAUUUAUGCUAAGGGGCCUAGGGUGGGACCUCGGUAAACAGUACGAGGGCACCCGAAGGAUGGAAGACCUCGAAGAGUCAAUUCAGGUGGCGCGGCAGGCGGUCGAUGCCACCCCUAAAGAACAUCCAGAUCUCGCAGCGGCGCUACACUACUUGGGAGGAAGACUUGGUAGAAACAAUCUCGAAAGUCGAUAUAAGCGCACUGGAAACAUGAAGGACCUCGAGGAGGCCGUCAGGAUAUCCCAAAACGCCUGGGAAUGCAACAACGCCGCUCCAUUUGUGCGUAUACGCGCGUCCACCCUUGCUCUGCGCCUGCUUCAAAGUCAAGAGGCUUUCGAGACCGCUUACACUCUUGCAGUGGAAGCAAUACACCUGCUUCCCUAUGUUCAUAAUAGGUCCUUAAGCCAUGAGGAUCAGCAGUAUGUCGUCUCUCACUUCUCAGGGUUGGCAAAGACGGCCUGUUCUCUCGCUGUUCAAACAGGAAAAGGACCAGAAGCAGCCUUAGAGCUCCUAGAGCAAGGACGUGGGGUGAUCCUUGGUCUUCUUAUGGAUGACCGAAGCAACACCUCGAGACUACGGGUCGCUUAUCCUAACCUGUGUGCUGAGUACGAAAGUCUUCGAUUUGAAGUGAACAAGCCUGUUAAAGAUGGUGCAGAUGAUCGUGCGCAGAGGACUGUUUCAACCAGGCGAAGAGAAGCAAUCGUAAAGCUUGAGCAGUGUAUAAAAGAUAUCCAACAACUUCCUGGGUUAAGUCAAUUUCACAAAGGACUCACUACCAAGCAGAUGCAGAGCUGUUGCAUAGAUGGCAGCAUCGUCGUCGUGAACAGCACGGACCUCAGGAGCGAUGCCAUUAUUGUAACGGCCAACGCGUUCAAGGUCCUCUGCCUCCCAGGCUUAAGCGCGCACGAAGCCAAGGUUUGGUCUGAUCAGAACCUUUCUACGACCUCAUCGAAUGACCGCGGUCGCAAAAACAAAGCAUAUCUUCAGUUCCUAUCAUGGCUAUGGCACGGAUGCGUGAAGCCAAUAUUAGACGAGCUUCACUACUUCGUGCAGUCUUCUGUGGAUGACCUACCUAGGGUUUGGUGGAUUGGAGCGGGUCUCGCUACCUCCUUCCCUUUCCAUUCUGCAGGGGACGCGUCUGCUGGACCGACUGAAUGCGCGUAUUAUCGAGCCAUUUCCUCCUACACACCAACAAUCAAAGCCCUGCAGUAUGCUCAACAGCGUGCCAAAUCCAUUGGCCCAUCUUGCUACGAUCCUUGGAAAGUACUUACCAUAACUAUGCCCAAGACUCCUGGUGCACGCGACCUUCCAGCUACAAGAGAGGAGACACACGAGGUUAGAGCAGCUCUAGAAUACUCUGCGUCUAUAGAAAGUCUAGAGUACCCGGACGUCGCGAGCACUAUGGCUCGACUCCAAGAGUGCAGCAUCGCCCACUUCGCCUGCCACGGGGUAUCUAAUGCUAGCGAUCCUUCCGAGAGUGGUUUGAUACUGCAGACAACCGAAAAAACUACUAAAGAGCUAGGUCAGGAUAGACUAAGCGUUCGUGAGGUGUCUCAAGCCCAUCUUUCGCGAGCAGAGAUUGCAUAUCUAUCAGCUUGCUCGACCGCACAGAACCAAGCAGAAGGGCUCUUAGAUGAAGUGCUCCAUGUUGUUAGCGGAUUCCAGGUCGCUGGCUUUCGACAUGUGAUUGGGUGUCUGUGGCCAUCUGACGACAGCGUGUGUGUAGCAGUUGCGAGAUCGUUCUAUUCUGAACUUAGUCAAUAUGUGGCCGCGAGAGAAAAUAAUGAUAGGACGGUUGCAUUAGCAUUACACAAAGCGGUUAUGCAGAUUCGAGAAAGCAAAGAGUACCGGAAGCGGCCGCUGCUCUGGGCACAGUAUGUGCACUUUGGGGCAUGA